CACGAACAAGUAAAAGAUAGGGCAGUGGUUGGUGUCCCAUAUAAAAGCAAAGCCCCAAAUACUGCGAAGCUCAUUUUGCUCUCCAAACUCGAAAGACGGCUUCGCUCGCAACUCCGUGUUCUCUUCUUGUCUUGUCUUGGCUCAAGUUGCGAGAGUUAAAUUGGAGGGGAGUAAUUGAAUUAAGCUUUUCCUGGAUAUCGACUAUUAACUUAUCUCCUGUUCUGUUGGCCGCUGUUAUGGCUGUACAUAGGAAAUCUCUUCUUAUUGCUUACUCGCCAGAAAUUGUAGAUGGGCAGCCGAUUUAUGUUUCUUCGAACUGUCUUCCUAUCAAGGCCUUGAAAAAAUAUGAACCUGCAGGUCACUCUUUCCAUUCUGUCGCACUCAAGCUCCGUGGUGUCCAGGAAGAUAAUAAAGAAGCUGAUAAUAAAAAAGUAGCUGAUGAUAAGGAACAGACAUACCUUCCAUCUGAUUCUUAUAGCAGCAAGAGCAAGAAGAAAUCUGGGUCUGGAGACAAGCAGCAAGAUCACUAUGCAUUAUUGGGUCUGAGCCAUCUAAGGUAUCUUGCUACAGAGGAUCAAAUACGUAAAAGCUAUCGUGAAACUGCCUUGAGGUUUCAUCCUGACAAACAGGCUUCUCUUCUUCUCGCUGAGGAAACUGAAGCUGCGAAGCAGGCAAAGAAGGAUGAAAUAGAAACUCACUUCAAGGCAAUCCAAGAAGCAUAUGAAGUGUUGGUUGAUCCUCUGAAGAGAAGAAUUUAUGAUUCUACUGAUGAGUUUGAUGAUGAAAUCCCCACAGACUGUGCUCCACAAGACUUCUUCAAGGUGUUUGGCCCUGCUUUUAUGAGGAAUGGGCGGUGGUCAGUUAACCAGUCAGUUCCAUCACUGGGUGAUGAUAAUACUCCAUUGAAAGAAGUUGAUACUUUCUAUGAUUUUUGGUACUCCUUCAAAAGCUGGAGGGAGUUUCCCCAUGAUGAAGAGUUUGAUCUUGAGCAAGCUGAAUCUCGAGACCAUAGGAGGUGGAUGGAAAGGCAGAAUGCAAAACUGUCUGAAAAGGCUAGGAAGGAAGAGUAUGCAAGGGUACGCACACUUGUUGAUAAUGCUUAUAAGAGAGACCCCAGAAUAUUGAGAAGAAAGGAAUUGCAAAAAGCUGAGAAGCAAAGGAAAAAGGAGGCUAAGUUCCUGGAAAAGAAGUUGCAGGAAGAAGAAGCAGUCAGAAUUGCAGAAGAGGAGAGGCGACGAAAAGAAGAGGAAGAUAGACAAGCUGCAGAAGCUGCUUCACAACAGAAGAAGGUGAAGGAGAAGGAGAAAAAGCUGUUGCGGAAGGAACGAGCACGCCUUCGAACUCUCUCAGGACCUAUCCUGUCACAGCAUUUACUGGAAAUUUCUGAAGAUGAUGUCGAAAAGCUUUGCAUGUCGCUUGAUAUUGAGCACUUGAGGGGUUUGUGUGAGAAAAUGGAAGACAGAAAGGAGUUAGAGCAAGCAGAAGUUAUAAGAGAUGCACUGAGUUGUAAGGAAGGCAUGGCUGAUGUGAAAUAUGAGAAAACUAUUCAACAAAAUGGUUCUAUCAAGGCUAAUGGCAGCAGGGGUUCAAAAAGCAAGACUGAGAAGCGGGAGAAACCUUGGAGCAAAGAAGAGAUUGAGCUUUUGAGGAAAGGAAUGCAAAAAUAUCCCAAAGGAACUUCUCGGAGAUGGGAGGUUAUCUCAGAAUACAUUGGUACUGGAAGAUCAGUUGAUGAAAUUAUGAAGGCAACUAAAACUGUUCUCCUCCAGAAGCCUGAUUCAUCCAAAGCUUUUGACGCUUUUCUUGAGAAAAGGAAACCUGCCGUGUCAAUUGCAUCUCCGCUGACAACCAGAGAAGAAGUGGAAGGGGCACCAACAAAUCCUGAGACUGGAAAGCCUGAAAAUAGUGAUGCUUCCUCAAAAAAAGACAACUUGGAAGAUUCCCAAGGCAAAAGUACAGAUGAUCAGAACUCUACUGCUGUUGCUGCAAAUGGAGUUUCUUCCUCUAGUUCAGAUCAAGACAUAUGGUCUGCAGUGCAGGAAAGAGCACUUGUUCAAGCUUUAAAAGCCUUUCCAAAGGAAGCUAGCCAGAGAUGGGAACGGGUAGCAGCAGCUGUACCUGGGAAGACUGUGAAUCAGUGCAAGAAAAAAUUUACCGCGAUGAAGGAGAGUUUCAGGAAUAAGAAAGGUGCAGUUUAAUCUGCAAUAGAUUGGUUGAAGAAUUUAUGAACACAUUCAGGUCUCACUCAGAGUAUGAGACUGGAGUAUUUUUGCCUUCUGCUUUUUAGAUUUUACUACAAUUUUUCUUUAGAGUUUCAACCUAAAAUAUGAAGUAGCUACUAAUUUCAUAUCCAUAGCAGGUUGUUUCAAUCUGAUGGGUAUGUAAUUUCAUGUUUUUCUUAUAUUAUUACAUUUCUGACUUGAUACC